AGGGUUUAUCUCUGCUUGGAGCGUACGAAGACAGUGAAGAAGAAGAUGCAGCAGAAAACUCCUCGACUGCCACGAAGGCAAAGCAUAACCAGUCCGCAGACAUUGACAGCACACUUGCCAAUUUUAUGGCGGAAAUUGAUGCAAUUACGACUCAGACAACUGAAUCUGGAUCAGAGCCGAGCGCACCAGCCCCAACUCCUCCUCGCCCCGAACCCAAAACAGACCAGCAGACUCAUGAUCAGAACGGACCCGCACAGGAAUUUCAAUACAACACACAGUACUCCCUCGCAGGGGCUGGGUUGGAGAUGGGUGAUUGGCAGGAGGUGUGGGAUGAAAAUACCGGCUGUUAUUACUACUGGAAUACUCAGACCAAUGAGGUGGCCUGGGAACUUCCGCAUUACCUGGCAAACCAGAUGCAGAGUUUACAUUACACAGGCAGGUGAGUUGUGAACAUGA